AUGUUGGCAAUCGCCAUUCUCGGUCUUCUCACCGCUGUCGCCGUUGCGGCUCCCGUCUUAGAGGAGCGCCAGCAAGAUGGGAGGUUCACAUUCUACAAUCUGAAGACGCCCGCGUCCGGACCGUGCGAUCUCGCCAAAGGCCCCGAUGGUGCGUUAUGGGGGGAGGCAAUUCUAAAGGUAUGACAUUUGCAGUCGCUGCCCCUUAUUAGGAGAGGAAACUCAAGACUUUCUCUCAGAACAACAUCUUCCGCAUCGACCCCAAGACCGGACAGGUGGAUGAAUACCCCAUCCCGUUCACGACACCGAUCAGCAACCGCACCAUCCCAGGCCUCAACAACGCCCUCAUCCAAGACCGCACCGCCUUCUCCUGCGCCAUCCGCCGCGGCGCAGACGGGAAUCUCUACGCCAGCAACGGCCUCCGAAACCAGCUCGUGCAAAUCAACCCAACCACCAAAGCCAUCCGCAUCUUCCAACCCCCGAGUCAGAACCCCCUGGGUGACCUGCAGCCGUUCAACGACCUCUACACGGCCCACGACGGCAUCUACCUCACGCAGACCACGGCCAACACUUUCCAAUUCUUCGCCUUUGCCACGGAGAGCUUCACGACCUAUGCCGUCCCCACGCCGCUCGCUCUGCCGCUCGGGCUGUACGUGGACAGCCACGGCAUCGUCUACAUCGCCGAAAUGCUCAGCAAUAAGAUUCUCACUUUCGACCCGAAAACGCUCGAAAUGAACGAAUACCCCCUCCCGCAGCCGGCGCAGCUGCCCACCGUCGUCCGCGCCGAGAAGGACGGGUAUAUCUACUUCGCCCUCUUCACGGGCAACGGCAUCGGGCGGAUCUCGCAGACGACACACGCGAUUGACCUCUACCACACGAACCAGACGGGGGGCAUCGGAGCCGAAGAUACGCUGGAUGCGGCUGGUGGGGUGUGGUACAGUUUCUUCAAUGUGGAUUCCCUGGCGCGGCUGGAUACGGCGACGAAGCGCUUCAGCUACGUGGCGUUUCCGGAGACGUUUGCGGGCCCGACGGCGGCGGCGGGUUUGAGUGGCGGUGGCGUGCUGGGCGAUGUGCCGCCGUAUGUGGACGUCGCGGUGAAUUAUGGGCCCGGGGAUGCGAUUUGGUUUGCGAGCGUUUUGGAGAAUACGGUGGGGAGGUAUGAUAUCUCGGGCUUGUACGGGUAG